UGGGCUUAGCUUCAAAUGUAAACGCCAAAUGCCUACAGCAUCGUGUUUAAUUCGCUACCUAUAGUGUAAAGUUAUACGGGCGUUUAGUCUUCUCGUGAAUUCGGUGAAGAACGUUUAAUUUUUUCGUCAAGUUUCGAACUUACUCGAUAUAAUGGCGGAUAAAGUCAAGAAGAAGAAGGUAAAGAAGGAAGAAAAAGCUGAAGAAGAAGCCCCACCACCUCCACCUGCACCCGCACCGGAACCCGAGCCAGCAGCACCGACUCCAAAAUCUUCUACUCGUACCUCUAAAUCAUCGAAAAAGAAGGCUAUCAAACGAACCAGCAGUAAUGUUUUUUCCAUGUUCUCCACGCAACAAGUUUGCGAAUUUAAAGAAGGUUUCGGUAUGAUGGAUGUAGACAAAGAUGGCAUUCUUGGUAAAGAAGAUCUCAGAGCAACUUGGGAUCAAGUUGGAAAAUUAGUAACCGACAAAGAAUUGGAAGAUAUGCUGGCCGAAGCUCCUGGCCCAAUCAAUUUCACUCAAUUACUAUCUCUGUUUGCCGCUCGAAUGUCAGGAGGUUCUGAUGAUGAUGAAACUGUAAGAAAUGCUUUUAUGGCAUUCGAUGAGAACGGGAAAAUCGACAGCGCCAGAUUUAAAUACGCUUUGUUAUCUUGGGGCGAUAGAUUCACUCCAAAAGAGGUGGCUGAGUCCUUCGAUGUCAUGGAAAUCGACAAAAAUGGAAUGAUUGACACUGAAGAUUUAAUUCAAACGUUGGUCUCUGGAGGAGAUGAAGACUAAAGAAACCUACUUCUAUGAACUAAAUGAAUAGAACUGAAAAAUUGUAAUUUAUUAUUCUAAAUUAUACGCUAUUUAUUUUCUACCAG